CGCCCCUCCGUGCCACGUCGUCCUCUCCUUCAUCCUGCUCCUGAGAGCCCGGCGCAUUCCAACAGAGACACAUUUAAAGAACUUAAAGGGGUAUUAAGUUGAACAAAGAGACAACUUGAAGAAAGGCAGGCAGGAAUCAGAGAAAACAUUUCUCCAAGAUGACUAAUCUCCCAAGUGAUCAGCUUGUGCAAAUGGAGACGACAUGCGGAUCUCUUUUAUAUGAGCUUCAGGUGAUAUGGGAUGAAGUUGGUGAAACCGAUGCAGAAAGGGACAAAAUGCUUCUCGAGCUCGAACAAGAGUGCCUGGAGGUCUAUAGACGCAAGGUUGACCUGGCCAAUCGCUGCAGAGCUCAGCUGCGGCAAGCCAUUGCUGAUGCUGAAGCACAGCUUGCAGCCAUCUGUUCUGCAAUGGGUGAGCGACCGGUUCAUAUUAGGCAGUCCACUCAGAAUGCUGGAAGCUUAAAGGAGGAGCUCAAGGCCAUUACUCCUCAACUGGAAGAGAUGCAAAAGAGAAAGACUGAAAGAUGGAACCAGUUUCUCGAAGUUAUUGAGCAGAUAAGGAAGAUCACAUUUGAGAUUGGACCUACAGACUACACUCCUGCCAAGUUGGUUGUUGAUGAAUCUGAUCUAUCCACAAGAAAGCUUGAGGAAUUGCACAAGCAACUGCAGUGUCUUCAAAAGGAGAAGAGUGAUCGCUUAAAGAAGGUGAUGGAUCACCUGAACAGUUUGAAUUUAUUAUGCGACGUACUCGGUAUAGAUUUCAAGCAGACAGUUUCCGACAUACAUCCCUGCUUAGAUGGAGCUGAAGGAUCAAAGAACAUAAGUAAUGAGACGAUCCAAAGGCUGGCUUCUGCAAUAGAAAAAUUACGAGAGAUUAAGCUCCAGAGAAUGCAAAAGCUUCAAGAUCUUGCAAGUACUAUGCUGGAGCUGUGGAAUCUCAUGGACACUCCAAUCGAAGAGCAGCAGCUGUUUCAGAAUGUUACACUUAACAUAGCUGCAUCAGAAGAUGAAAUCACCGAGCCUAAUACCCUUUCUAUCGAUUUCCUUAGUUAUGUGGAAGCAGAAGUGUUGAGGCUUGAACAACUGAAAGCGAGCAAGAUGAAAGAUCUUGUACUGAAGAAGAAAACUGAACUGGACGAGCUUCGACGACGGACGCAUCUUGUUGGUGAAACAAAUUGUGAAGCAGAAUUCGCAAUUGAGGCUAUUGAAGCUGGGGCAAUAGAUCCUUCUUUAGCGCUGGAACAAAUUGAGGUUCAAAUUUCAACAGUUAAAGAGGAAGCAUUUAGCCGGAAGGAUAUUCUUGAAAGGGUCGAAAAAUGGUUGGCUGCAUGCGAGGAGGAAUCCUGGCUUGAGGAGUACAAUAGGGAUGAAAACCGAUACAAUGCGGGAAGAGGUGCUCACCUUACACUCAAGCGUGCCGAAAAAGCCCGAGCUUUGGUUAAUAAGAUUCCAGCAAUGGUAGAUAAUUUAGCUGCUAAAAUAACUGCAUGGGAGAAAGAAAGGGGCUUGGAAUUCACGUACGACGGAGUUCGCCUUCUUUCCAUGCUGGAAGAGUACACCAUAGUGAGGCAGGAGAAAGAGCAAGAACGCAAGAGACAGAGGGAUCAGAAAAAACUUCAGGGCCAGCUUAUAGCUGAGCAGGAAGCGCUCUAUGGAUCAAAACCAAGCCCUUCAAAGCCUCAAAGCAUGAAGAAGUUGCCGAGAACUUCUACAGGAGUCCCAAGCCGGCGGCUCUCUCUUGGUGGAGCCAUAAUGCAACCGCCAAAGCCGGAUUUGCUGCAUUCGAACAAGUCAAUUCGUUCAGCCAAGAAGACGGAUGAUAUUGACACCUUAUCACCUGGUAGGAGAGGCCUAGAUAUUGCCGGCCUCCCUGUAAAGAAGCUAUCUUUCAAUCUGGUGAAUCCUCCUCGAGAGGCAGAAACACCCCGAAAACCCUUUGCUCCAAUCGUAAUUGCGAGCAACAUUCCAUCCACACCAACGAGGCUGACCUCUGAUGAAACUGAAGAGGAGAACAAGAACAAUCUGAAGACUACAAUGGCAGCCCCGCCUCCUAAAACUCCUAUGACUGCUUACAUUCCAAUGCAGAUGGCGACGACUCCCGCUCCACCCUGUCUCAUGUAUGAAGCAGCUGCGACGGUGAAAGCACAGGAAGCAGAGGAGUACGAGUACUCAUUCGAAGAGAGACGACUUGCUCUCUAUCUUACAAGAUGAGAGGAGCUAAUCUUGUUGUCUCAGUAAUAUUGAAGCUUGAAUGAUGUUGUUCUCUUGCCGAAUCAAGUCGAUGUCACAAGUCGACCGCAGUCGGCUUUCAUUCAGUGAAUUGUGACCUUCGAAGUUUGUCUUCUGUUAUUGGUAAUGAAAGGCCAUUACAAUCAUGCUUGAAUGAAUGUACUCUGAACUCUGGUUUUACAUUCUCCCAAAAAUUUGCUACAUUACAAGUAGGCUUGUGCA